GCUCGCUGUAUGCCGCCACCAGACUGAAAACCAGCAAACAUGGCGUUUAAACGCGAAGGAACAGAUACCGCACUACUACAAGAUUUACAUCAAAGAAGAGUAUCCGAACUUCUCGUGGAAAAGAUACCAGACGACGAAGCUUUCCUGCUGAAAAAUGGAAAGUACGCUUGUACAUUGUGCCCACACCGGCCUGUGCUCGACACCAUCGAAAUGCUUGCCGUGCAUCGGAAAGGCAAAAAACACCUCUUCAGUCUUUCGAGACACCUUGCUAGAGAACACAGAAAAAAGGAAGAAGCUACAAAAAGAAUACAAGAAUUGCAGCUCAAACAGGAAUUACGAACACCACUAGGAAGUCAUAAAGCUGCGAAGUGUUUAGGUCAGGUCUCUGCAAAGAGCAGCAUGAAACGUCCACGAUUAAAGCUCAUGAAGUCUGCCAAAUACAACAGCUGCUGCGGCAAAAAGGGUGGGACGAAUGGCACUGAGAAAACAGUUGGUAGUGGACAUGCAAAACAGAGCGAGCAGUCAUGUUCAAACCCGCUGGUGAACACUUACGUGCAGCAGCUCCAGCACAAGAAAAGCUUCCAGGAAGCCAUCGAGUCAAAGAGAAGGAAUACUGUUUCCCAGUUAUGUGGACAGGACUGUGUAGCUGGUGGUACACCCAUUAGAGUUUCUUCCAUUGGAAAAGGCCACGCUACUGCUUCUGACCAAUCGCUGAGUGAAGAAGAGCGAGCGAAGAACACGGCGAAGGCGCAACAUUAUCUUAAUUUAAGAAUGGCCGGGUGGUUGCUGAAUCCUGAGGGUAAAUGGGUGAAAGACGAAAAUGUGGAGUUCGACAGUGACGAAGAGGAACCACCUGCCUUCAGUGCGUGACAGCGUGGACAUACAUUGGAGAAAGAAAACACCCUCGUCUUUUUCCCACUGUCCUAAUUUGGUGGAAAGCGUCCAUUUGACAGCCACCUACAGGUGCUCCUGCGACACAAAAGUUUUCGCUCCACAAGUCGCACCGACUCGUUGCGACAUUUGAUGUAAAUAGUGUGUAAAUAAAACAAGAUUGUUUUGAACCAUUUUGC